AUGGGCAGCCUGCGCCCUGCGAGCCGCGUCCGCAGGAUGGCAGAAGGGAAUGUGGUGCUGGAGGCGCGCGUCGGUUUCGCGAGAGAGCUCCUGCAGGUGGGGCAACUCACGACCUGGUCGGGUGAUGUCGCCGUGUCGGCGGGGGUCAAUCGGGGCCGUGGCGUCGGAACUGGCUGUAGAGGGGACCCCGUGGGCGGCCUGAGCUCCGAGAGGAUCGCCUGGGAUGAGGGGAGGAGACGACUCACCAGCCCCGCGCGGGGGGGGGUGUCAGCGAAGAUAGAGGUGGUAUCGCACAGGAUAGGGGCCGGGCCUCGUGCCGGUACCGGUGUUCGAAGCUGGGGAGGGGGGACGUGGAGGCGGAGGGGUCUCGGUAGGGGCGGAUGCCUCAUCCCUACUGCUGGUGACCUCCUGCGCCACGGGCUGAACGGGGGGAGGCGCCACCCCCGUCUAGCCGGAGAGCUGCUCAGGCGGUGUAUCGCCAGCAAAUCUGAAAUGCCAGCCCUCACCUCCUCUGGGGGGGUCGUCGACAUGGAAGGGGUGGGAGGGAUGGGAGGGGGAGUCGGUGGCGGUCUGCCAUGGGCGCAUCCCUCAACCCGACGGCCCUCCCUCCCAGUAGCGAUCGCAGGCCGUCGCCACCUGGGAGGGGGACACAGCACGGGAGGGGCAGAAUGGGGAUCGGGCAAGCUGUGUGUGGGGGGUGAUGGCUGCCCAACGGGGCCACUCGUGGGGAACCCGGCCGGGAGAGGGGGGUUGGAGGUGGGGGUCGAGGGGCUGGGCCAGUGUGGAGCCCUUGCGGGUGGGUCUCGGCUGCCUGGGGGGGGUGGAUGUGGGGAGGGCAGCCUGUUGGGUGGGCUGUUGGGGGCUGUGCGGCGACUCGGGUGGCGUUGGGGACGGAGAGGGGGGCUGGCCAUGGAGCAGCGUGGGGGUCGGGGAGCACGGCUCCGCUCAAGAAGGCCAGGGCCUUGGCUGCCCCCCUGGACACUACCGGGACCUGAGGGUGGGGGUGGGGAAGUGGUGCUCCUGGGGGUGGGUGGGCUGGAGGACGGGAGUGCCCACCCCGGUCGGGACCCCACUCCCCUCUCCUUCCCCUCUCCUUCCCCUAUGUCCCCCGAGCCCACCCCGCCUGCUGCCCGCUUUACUGCUAGCCCCGUUUGCAAGUCUCUGCCCGGCCCUGCCGGCCCUGCUAGUCACGGUCCCUGCCGCCCCUUCCCGUGCAGCCCCUGCCGCCCCUUUCCCGUGCAGCCGCUGCUUGCCCCUUCCCUUGCAGCCUCUGCUGCCCUUUCCUCUGCAGCCUCUGCUGCCCCUUCCCCCACAACCCCCAUUGCCCCUUCCCGUGCAGCCUUUGCUGCCCCAUCCUCUGCAGCCUCUGCUGCUCCUUCACACACAAACUCACUUACCCCUUCCCGUGCAGUGUCAGCUGCAAGUUCCCCCCUGGCUCUGCCCUCUCCCGCUUCUAUGUGCUUGGGGGGUGCGGGUAGGAUUAAGUGUUUUCACAAGUAA